GUUGCGUGAAACUCCAGCGAGAGCAAGAGGACCUCCCGAACCCUCCGCCGUAGCCACCGCGGCCGCGGGACUUGAGACGGAGCAGAGCCGAAGAGCCUAGAGAGGCAGGAAGCGCUGGGGGAUCCGGACACGCGGGGAGCCCAGAGCGGCGGUUCUGCCUUCGAUGAAUUAAUUAGUCGCGCCGCCCAUCCUGAGUUUCAAUCUGAUCAGUUGCUCCUGGAGUAACUCGUGUUUCUUACGGGCCAGUGCUGCAGUUUGCUGAAGCUUGGGUUUUGUCGAGAUUAUUUGGUGGCGGUCUAUUAUUUAUUACUGGAAUAAUUUACCUGUUUAACGAACGUUGCCCAUUCAACGAAAAAAGAUUUUUUUUUGGGUGAGACGGCCAGAUUUUAAACUUUUAAUUCGUUCCCCUCCCCUUCCAUCCGUUUGCUCCAUCAUUUAAAUUGUCACGAGCCCUCCUUUUGAGGCGUCCUGAGAGCGGAUUUGCCUCUAGUCUAGUUGCGGUAGAACGCUUGGGACUCUCGCCUGCCUCCACAAUCGGCCUCGUCCACGCGCGGCCCCUUGCCGUUUAGAUCCACGGCCCCUUCGCUUCCCCCUCACUUCUGUCCUAAAACAGGAUCCGACUAGCCCCGUGGGGAACAGCUGGAACAUGAUAGCCUCGCAUCUGCUCGCUUACUUCUUCACGGAACUCAACCAUGACCAAGUACAGAAGGUUGAUCAGUAUCUCUAUCACAUGCGUCUGUCAGAUGAAACUCUCCAGGAGGUUUCCAAAAGGUUCCGAAAGGAGAUGGAGAAAGGGCUUGGGGCUGAUAGCCACCCCACAGCUUCUGUGAAAAUGCUGCCGACAUUUGUGCGAUCUACACCUGAUGGAACAGAAGACGGAGACUUCCUUGCUCUGGACCUUGGAGGAACCAACUUCCGUGUGCUGAGAGUGAGAGUAACAGACAAUGGCCUCCAGAAAGUAGAAAUGGAGAACCAGAUCUAUGCCAUUCCAGAGGACAUCAUGCGUGGCAGUGGGACCCAGCUGUUUGACCAUAUUGCUGAAUGCCUGGCCAACUUCAUGGACAAGCUACAGAUCAAGAAUAAGAAACUCCCUUUGGGAUUUACCUUCUCAUUCCCAUGCCAUCAGACCAAGCUGGAUGAGAGUUACCUGGUUUCAUGGACUAAAGGGUUCAAAUCCAGUGGUGUAGAAGGGAGAGAUGUUGUGUCCCUGAUCCGGAAGGCCAUCCAAAGGCGAGGGGACUUUGACAUUGAUAUUGUGGCUGUGGUAAAUGACACCGUGGGUACCAUGAUGACCUGCGGCUAUGACGACCAGAAUUGUGAGAUCGGCCUCAUUGUGGGGACUGGUACCAAUGCCUGCUACAUGGAGGAGAUGAGGUACAUUGACACAGUGGAAGGAGAUGAAGGGAGGAUGUGCAUCAACAUGGAAUGGGGUGCCUUUGGAGAUGAUGGAGUACUCGAUGAUAUCCGCACAGAAUUUGACAGGGAGAUUGAUAUGGGCUCACUCAAUCCGGGCAAGCAAUUAUUUGAGAAGAUGAUCAGUGGCAUGUACAUGGGGGAACUUGUGAGACUCAUCCUGGUGAAGAUGGCCAAAGAGGAAAUGCUCUUUGAUGGGAAACUAAGUCCUGAGCUCCUCACCACAGGCCACUUUGAGACCAAAGACGUUUCUGAUAUUGAAGGGGAAAAAGAUGGCAUCAAGAAAGCCCUUGAGGUUCUGACCAGGUUGGGCCUGCAGCCAUCCCAGGAGGACUGUGUGGCCACACAUCGCAUCUGCCAGAUUGUGUCUACCCGUUCAGCCAACCUGUGUGCAGCCACUUUGGCUGCUGUCCUUCGGCGCCUCAAGGAGAACAAAGGCGAGGAUCGGCUACGUUCCACCAUUGGAGUAGAUGGCUCUGUCUACAAGAAGCAUCCACAUUUUGCCAAACGUCUUCACAAAGCUGUCCGACGUCUGGUGCCAGAUUGUGAUGUCCGCUUUCUCCGCUCAGAAGAUGGAAGUGGCAAAGGGGCUGCCAUGGUGACAGCAGUAGCAUACCGUCUAGCAGACCAACACCGGGCUCGACAGAAGACCCUGGAAGCACUAAAGCUGAGCCAUGAACAGCUGUUGGAAGUGAAGAAGAACAUGAAAAAGGAGAUGGAGCGUGGCUUGGGCAAAGAGACACAUGCUGGUGCUUCUGUCAAGAUGCUGCCAACUUACGUGUGUGCAACACCUGAUGGUACAGAGAAAGGUGAUUUCCUGGCCCUUGACCUUGGCGGGACAAAUUUCCGCGUGCUGCUGGUGCGUGUGCGGAAUGGGAUGAGACGAGGUGUAGAAAUGCAUAACAAGAUCUACGCCAUUCCUCAGGAGGUUAUGCAUGGCACCGGGGAUGAGCUCUUCGACCACAUUGUCCAGUGCAUCGCGGACUUCCUGGAGUACAUGGGAAUGAAAGGGGUAUCUCUGCCUCUGGGCUUCACCUUCUCUUUCCCCUGUCAACAGAAUAGCCUGGAUGAGAGCAUUCUCCUGAAAUGGACAAAGGGCUUCAAAGCAACUGGCUGUGAGGGAGAGGAUGUGGUCAGCCUACUGAAGGAAGCUAUUCAUCGGCGAGAGGAAUUUGAUCUGGAUGUUGUUGCUGUUGUGAAUGACACCGUGGGAACCAUGAUGACUUGUGGCUAUGAAGACCCUCACUGCGAAGUAGGACUCAUAGUUGGUACUGGUAGUAAUGCCUGUUACAUGGAGGAGAUGCGCAAUGUGGAGCUGGUAGAAGGAGAUGAGGGGCGGAUGUGUAUCAACAUGGAGUGGGGUGCUUUUGGGGAUAAUGGCUGCCUGGAUGAUAUCCGAACUGAAUUUGACUUGGCUGUAGAUGAACUUUCACUCAACCCAGGAAAACAGAGGUUUGAGAAGAUGAUCAGUGGCAUGUACCUGGGGGAGAUUGUCCGCAACAUCCUCAUCAACUUCACCAAACGCGGACUGCUCUUUCGUGGACGGAUCUCAGAACGACUGAAGACAAGGGGGAUAUUUGAAACCAAAUUCCUGUCUCAGAUUGAGAGUGAUUGCCUGGCCUUGCUGCAAGUCCGUACCAUUCUGCGGCACCUGGGCCUGGAGAGCACCUGUGAUGAUAGUAUCAUUGUCAAAGAGGUCUGCACCGUGGUGGCCAGAAGGGCAGCCCAGCUUUGUGGUGCAGGCAUGGCGGCCGUAGUGGACAAAAUACGGGAGAACCGCCAGCUGGAUUCACUCAAAAUCACUGUGGGUGUCGAUGGGACUCUGUACAAGCUGCAUCCUCAUUUUGCAAAAGUCAUGCAUGAGACAGUGAAGGAAUUGGCUCCAAAAUGUGAUGUUUCCUUCUUGGAGUCCGAGGAUGGCAGUGGGAAGGGAGCUGCUCUCAUCACUGCUGUGGCCUGCCGGAUCCGAGAUGCUGGACAGCGAUAGAGAAACAACUGAGCCCAGGGAAGAAGUGUUGGGGGGCUUUCUUGGCCGUCUCCUUUUUCCUUUUUUUUUUUUUUUUUUAAUUUUUAAAGAAGAAAAAAUCCUUUGGUAAAUUGUAAGUGAACUUGCACCAUGCUGAAUCUCUAUCCCCUUGUGUCACAGACAGACUUCCUUGCCUGUUUUUUUUUCCUUUCCUUUUUUUUUGUUUGUUUUUUGUUUUUUAAUUUGAUAGGACGUCCAAGUCCUGAGUUUCGUUUUGAGUUCCUAUUCUAGAAUUCUGUUGAGUGCCUAGAAAUGUGUACCCUCCCAGGCAAAAUCAAAUGUCAUGUGGCUAAAUUCACAAGUCCAGUCAGUUUCCAUCUUUUCCCUCAGCAUCCAGUAACCUUAUUAGUCUUUACUAACCUUUUCACAAUAUAAUGAUACUGAAUAAGAUUAAUACUUAGUGGCCCUUGAGGGCUCCAGGAUUCCUCUCCAGUCUGCAUGCAGACUGUAUGUAGGAUGUAGGAUCUCUUACACUUUCAUGUUUGACAGUGUUGUGUCACCUUUUUAGUGGAGGCUGUUCACCCCUACAGCUUAGAAGUAGCAGAAGCUAGGGGAUGUUGGAUCCCUACCUCAACCCCAGGCCCAAGGCGGGAGACAUCCCUGUGGCCUGAGGUACAGCAGAACCUUGACAAAAUCCUGGGUGUCUCCAGAAAAAUGAAAAAGAGGACUGGCUUUGAAUUAGAGUGAUCCGGAAGCCCAACCACGGGAGUGGGGAGAUAGCUGCCUCUCCUGGUUCUGCACACUCAGCCGCCCGCAAGCCAUGAGCCUGUUUGCUGGAUUCCUUUCCCCUUUCUCUAGAAGUGAAAAUACUGUGUUUUCUAACUAUGUUUAUAGAGCAAGGUUUAUUUAGUCUGUGAAGUCAGUCUUCACCUUCAUCCUGAUAUUGUAGGUAAUUUGUGAAAUGUAUGUAUUGUAUUUAUAUAGUUUCUUUCAUGUACAUAGUCACAAAAACUGGUCAGACUGUCCAUGGGAAUAAAAUUUUGUAGCUCAAAGACAGAAAGGCAAAGUUA